CAGGACACUAAUCAGAUGCUGGCCUCUGAGAACAAGACCUCAGAAAUACCUUUCCACUCUAGCAUUAAAACUGAAGCCUCCAAGCCUGAGGAGAAGUCUCCAAGGAAGAGCAAAUCUUCAAGGAGGCCUUUGACAGUGGCAGAGGCCCUAAGGUGUUAUAAGAAUAGGCUGUCUCUUUAUGAGCAAAGUGAAAUCCUGGGCUACACAGAGCUGUGGUUUCUGGGGCUUGAAGCUGAGAAGCUGAAUGUGGACCCUCAGAAAUUCAGCAAGACAAGUUUUGACGAUGAACAUGGCUCCUACAUGAAGGUCCUGCAUGACCACAUUGCCUACCGCUAUGAAGUUCUGGAGAUGAUUGGGAAAGGGUCCUUUGGACAGGUGGCCAAGUGCUUGGAUCACAAAAACAAUGAGUUGGUGGCCCUGAAAAUCAUCAGGAACAAAAAAAGAUUUCAUCACCAGGCCCUGGUGGAGUUGAAGAUCCUGGAAGCUCUCAGAAAGAAGGACAAAGACAAUACUUACAAUGUGGUACACAUGAAGGACUUUUUCUACUUCCGCAAUCACCUCUGCAUCACCUUUGAGCUCUUGGGAAUCAACUUGUACGAGUUGAUGAAGAAUAACAGCUUUCAAGGCUUCAGUCUGUCACUAGUUCGCCGCUUCACCCUCUGUGUUUUGAAGUGCUUGCAGAUGCUUUAUGUAGAGAAAAUCAUUCACUGUGAUCUCAAGCCUGAAAAUAUAGUGCUAUACCAAAAGGGCCAAGUGUCUGUUAAAGUUAUUGACUUUGGAUCAAGCUGCUAUGAACACCAGCAAGUGUACACCUACAUCCAAAGCCGAUUCUAUAGAUCCCCUGAGGUGAUCCUGGGCCACCCGUACAACAUGGCCAUCGACAUGUGGAGCCUGGGCUGCAUCAUGGCGGAGCUGUACACAGGCUGCCCUCUGUUUCCUGGGGAGAAUGAAGUGGAACAGCUGGCCUGCAUCAUGGAGGUGCUGGGCCUGCCGCCAGCCCACUUUAUCCAGACGGCUUCCAGGAGACGGAUGUUCUUUGAUUCCAAAGGUUUUCCUAAAAAUAUAACCAGCAACAGGGGAAAAAAAAGAUACCCAGAUUCCAAGGAUCUUACGAAGGUGCUGAAAACCUGUGACUCCAGCUUCCUGGACUUCCUCAGAAGGUGUUUGGUAUGGGAACCUUCACUUCGCAUGACCCCUGACCAAGCCCUCAAGCAUGCUUGGAUUCAUGAUGCACGGAAUCUCAAACCACGGACCAGGCCCCAGACCUUGAGGAAAUCUACUUUCCUCGAGCCAAGCAAAAACAAGGUUCAAAGGCAUCAUCCCUCUACUAAAAGUAAAAAAGGUGGUAUCACCAAAGACACUGUAGACAAAAUGCAGGAUGGUGUUGCUAAGCAUGCUGUGAAUCCCAGUGCUCAGCAGCAGGCGUCUGUCCCACACAUCACUGACACUGUCCAGCUGCCUCCUAUAGUAGAAGCUCACAAGCAGCCAGACGUCACUGAUGGACAAGAGGCACCCAUGACUUCCAGAGAACAAAGCAGCAAAAACUCUUCUUCCCAAAACAUAAAGACUCUGCCACCUAUUAUGUGA